GUCAUUGCCGUUGACUCCUUUAAUCGCAUUUGCCCAUCACCAAUUUGCAGCCUAUCAAGAUUUCUAGGGUUUACUAAUUUGGCAGCGUUGAAUGGUUCGCCCCCUUUUACUAACAACAAAUUUCUUGAACUCUUCACAUGCCCCAUCUUUUAAUUUCAAUAUAAAAUUCAACCUGUUUCUGGUUAUAUCUGUAGACCACGAGAUCUUUCGACGACAUUCAUUUUUUAUGAAUUUUCAAGAAAAGUCUUAGAUAGAGAGAGAGUAAUGGGCGAUGAAAAAUCACCAGUUAGCAGAGAUCGGGAGCUGCUUAUUCCGGUCGCCAACACCGUCGACGAUGACGACGGCGCGUCUUCAAAACCCUCACCUUCUUCGAAUUCAUCAUCUCAUCACGCCGGCCGUGAGACUUUCUCCAAAGUUGUCCGGAGUUGGGCGUCCAAAAAGUUCAUGACGGGAUGUGUCAUCCUAUUGCCAAUAGCUAUUACUUUCUACAUAACAUGGUGGUUUAUACAUUUUGUGGACGGGUUUUUCUCUCCAAUCUAUGUUCAACUUGGCAUAGAUAUAUUUGGCCUUGGAUUUAUAACGUCCAUAAUGUUCAUAUUCUUGGUUGGGGUAUUCAUGUCGUCAUGGUUGGGUGCAUCCGUUCUAAGCCUUGGAGAAUGGUUCAUCAAACGAAUGCCAUUUGUUCGUCAUAUCUACAAUGCCUCCAAGCAAAUUAGUGCUGCUAUAUCUCCAGAUCAGAACACACAAGCGUUUAAGGAAGUCGCUAUCAUUAGACAUCCUCGUAUUGGUGAAUACGCAUUUGGGUUCAUUACUUCAUCCGUCAUUCUUCAGAAUUAUUCGGGGGAGGAGGAGCUAUAUUCCGUAUAUGUCCCAACAAACCAUCUUUACAUCGGUGAUAUCUUCUUGGUGAAUUCGAGGGACGUUAUUAGACCGAACUUAUCCGUUCGUGAAGGAAUUGAAAUUGUGGUAUCCGGGGGCAUGUCAAUGCCGCAAAUACUAUCGACACUGGACUCGAGUGUAAACGUGGACAGACCGAGAAACAACUGAAUGUAAGUCGAGCGAGAGUUCUUCUGAGCCAUUUAGGAUCGAACAAUGGUUUGUUGUCGGGUUUAUCUAAAUACCGGAAUGUGAUUGCAUAUUAGCGUAGAGAAAUAGUCGUUGAUAAUAGUCGAUCGAUCGAUAGGAAGUUGUAUGAUUUCUCUGUUAUUUGUUUUGUACAUGUAGCUUUCAGAUGAAAUUACGUAGAUAAAAAGAUAGGUUUUGAUGUUUGAAAAAGGUUUCUUUACCAAAUUUUAAUGGAUUUUGCUUUGGGUUUGUUAUUCUA